AUGAGCAAAUGGAUUGAAUUGGAAAGUAGAUUGAAGAAGAAUGAAACAAUUGAUAGAAGUGUUCAAGAACAAAUCAACAAAAAGAGGGAACACUGGAGACAAGCGUUACUAAUGAUAAUUGCUAUUGUGAUCACUCUUGCUAAAAAUAAUUUAGCUUUUCGUGGAGACAAUGAGAAGAUUUAUCAAGAAAGAAAUGGAAUCUUUUUAAGCUUAAUUGAAAUGCUUGCUAAAUUUGAUCCAGUAAUGCAAGAGCACAUUCAACGUAUUCAAAGGAGUGAAAUUCAUUAUCAUUAUCUUGGCCACAAAAUCCAAAAUGAAUUGAUACAGAUGUUAGCGAGUGAGAUCAAGAGUACGAUUGUGGCAAGAAUCAAAGAAGCGCAAUAUUUUUCAAUUAUUCUUGAUUGCACUCCAGAUGUUAGUCAUGAAGAACAAAUGUCUCUUGUGAUAAGAUGUGUAGAUGUUUCAACUAGUCUGGUAAAGGUAGAAGAAUUCUUUUUAGAAUUUUUUAAAGUGGAUGAUAAAUCGGGGUUGGAACUUUUUAAUGUACUUAGGGAGGCAUUGUACACACUCCAGCUUGAUAUUGGUGAUAUAAGAGGGCAAGGAUAUGAUAAUGGCUCUAAUAUGAAAGGAAGACACAAAGGUGUACAAAAAAGAGUACUUGAAAUAAAUCCAAGAGUAUUCUACAUGCCAUGUGGGUGUCAUAGUCUUAAUCUUGUCCUUUGUGAUAUGGCUACCUCUUGUUCCAAAGCUAUCUAUUUCUUUAGAGUGGUACAAUGCAUAUCUGUGUUGUUUUCAUCUUCUACAAAGAGGUGGGAAAUUUUCAAAGACAAUGUGGAAGGUCUCACACUUAAGCCAUUAUCACAAACUCGUUGGGAAAGUCGAAUUGAAAGUGUUAAAGCUAUACGCAAGACAUUUCAAGUUGAAGACAUGCAUAUUGAUGCUGUUAUACAUCAAUUAAAAGGACUCAUUACAUUUCUUGAAAAGUAUAGAGAAACUGGAUUUUUGGAGGCCAUGAUUGAAGCUAAAGAAGUUGCAAUUGAAAUGGAGAUUGAACCUACAUUUCGUGAAAGACGUGUCAUUCAUAGAAAGAAACAUUUUGAUGAGAAUGUUAGUGAAGAGGUUGCACAAUCAGCUGAAGAAUCCUUUAGAUUGGCCUUGAAGCAAACAGACGAAGCAGAUUGA